UAACCAAGCUUCUAGAUGGUGCUGAGACGGUUUGAAUGAUUUGGUAAAAAGUUAACAAACAGCAUUACCAACAUAAAAACAAUUUGUUUUGCAAGUAAUCAUGGCAUCUGAGCGGUAUAGUUUUUCUUUAACUACUUUCAGCCCUUCAGGAAAACUAGUGCAAAUCGAGUAUGCCUUAGCUGCUGUGGCUGCAGGUGCCCCCUCCGUGGGGAUCAAGGCCUGUAAUGGAGUCGUUAUUGCCACCGAAAACAAACACAAAUCCAUACUUUAUGAUGAACACAGUGUGCAUAAAGUCGAAAUGAUAACGAAACACAUUGGUAUGAUUUAUUCGGGCAUGGGCCCCGAUUAUAGAUUACUGGUCAAACAGGCGAGAAAAAUGGCCCAGAAGUAUUUUCUCACCUACCGAGAGCCCAUCCCUACUGUACAACUUGUACAACGUGUGGCGGCUGUUAUGCAAGAAUAUACGCAAUCAGGGGGCGUACGGCCCUUUGGCGUGUCUUUGUUGAUUUGUGGGUGGGACAGUGGCAGGCCUUAUUUGUUCCAGUGUGACCCCUCAGGGGCCUAUUUCGCGUGGAAGGCCACAGCGAUGGGUAAAAACUACAUCAAUGGCAAGACUUUCUUAGAGAAGAGAUACAGUGAAGAUUUGGAGUUGGAUGAUGCAGUUCACACUGCGAUUUUGACGUUAAAAGAGAGCUUUGAGGGGCAGAUGACGGCGGAUAAUAUUGAAGUUGGGAUUUGUGAUGAGUCAGGCUUCAGAAGAUUGGAGCCUUCUCAUGUUAAGGAUUAUUUGGCGAAUAUACCUUAGAUUCGUUUUUGUACACUCAUGUAUUUGGAUUAUUGUCAUCUUGCUUUUGCAUAAAUAAAUAUUUUAAAAUCUA